UAUAUAAAAACUCAUCAUUUUAUUCUUUUCUCUCGGGAGGGGAAAGCCAAUUCGUCACACAAUGGAUCCGCAGCAGCAAGCAGGAGCUCCAAACCCUCGUCCUCCAGCUACUGGCGAUGGCGGUUUUUCUGCCAUUCUUACCGUUCUCGUAUUCUUUAUUGCUAUCUUCUCCACGAUUUUGAUUCCAUCGUCAUCACCCUUAAAAAAUAGCUUAUCCAUCUUGCACCAAGUCCCAGAAGGUCAUGUUGGAGUAUACUGGAAAGGAGGUGCCCUUUUAAAGUCAAUUACAGAUCCAGGAUUCCAUCUAAAGAUGCCUCUUAUAACCAAUUUUGAGCCUGUGCAGGUGACACUUCAAACAGAUCAAGUGCGGGAAAUUCCAUGUGGUACUAAAGGGGGUGUUAUGAUUACCUUUGGGAAGAUUGAGGUUGUUAACAGGCUUCAUAAGGAAUACGUGUAUGAGACCCUUCUCAACUACGGAGUGGAUUAUGACAACACAUGGAUAUAUGACAAAAUUCAUCAUGAAAUCAAUCAGUUUUGCAGCUCUCAUUCUCUCCAACAAGUUUACAUAGAUGUUUUUGAUCAGAUUGAUGAAAAGAUGAAAGAUGCUCUUCAAGGUGACUGCACACGUUAUGCUCCAGGUAUUGAAAUUCUCAGUGUGCGUGUUACAAAGCCUACCAUCCCAGAUAGCAUAAGGCGGAAUUUUCAACAGAUGGAAGAAGAACGGACUAAGGUUUUAAUUGCUGUUGAGAGACAAAAAGUAGUCGAGAAAGAGGAAGAAACCAAAAAAAAGAUGGCUAUUAGCGAAGCUGAGAAGAAUGCCUAUGUUAGCAAAAUUCUCAUGGAACAGAAGUUGAUGGAGAAAGACAGUGCUAGAAGGCAGCAAGAAAUCGAGAACCAAAUGUACAUUGAUCGUGAGAAGAGUUUGGCUGAUGCUUAUUUCUACCGCAUAAUGAAAGAAGCAGAAGCAAACAGGAUGAAACUCACCCCUCAAUUUCUUGAGCUUAAAUUCAUCGAGGCAAUAGCUAAUAAUACGAAAAUUUUCUUUGGUGACAAAUUGCCCAACUUGAUCCUUGAUCAGCGGCUGCUUGGAAAUUUCCUGCAACGGGGGUCUAGGGAGCGCCACCCUGAGUCAUAGGCUUUAAUCAGUAAGAUAUUUCAAUAUGAGUGAUGAAAGGUAUAAGUACAUUGUUUACAGAAUAGGGUGAAGAGAACUACAGAUUCUGUUCUUUCAGAUGAUUGACAAUUCAACAUUUAUUUGUGUUUUUUUUUAAUCGAAUGAAAUUCUAUCCUCGUCAGAUGCAUGAACGAUAUAUCAUAUACGCUUCUUCUGUCAAA